AUGCCCAUCCUUAUUCUACAAGACUUCGGAAACACCGGCAUUCCAAGUGGUGCCUAUCUCUCCUCGGUCUCGGCCGUUGUCCACCUGCGUCUCAGUUCGACCUACGACGAUCAGACUUUGAAAGAUCCCACUGCGUUGACUAGACAUUCGGCCAAAAGGAUCGGCCAUGCAUAG